UGUGCUCUGUGGUUCCUGCUCUCAGUCUGCUUUACUUUAUGACUACCGAGGAGGAAAUAGAUAGCAAUAACAGUCAGAAGGUUACAGGAAGGCCGUUUGUUUUAAACAUUAGGAAGGCAGAUCCAGUCAGUGUGUGAACAGGUGCGUCAGGUGUCAGGUAAACCUUCGGACCCGGAAGGACAGACUAAAACAAGCGACUCCGUUUACAGCAGGAGAGCGAUGGAGCCCAGAGAGCUGCAGCAGGAGCUGGCGGAUCAGUUCAGCCAUGUGGUCUCCAGAGUGAAGCUCUUCCAGUCAGACUGGGACAUCGGCUUCUUUGUGGUCUUCUUCACCUUCAUCGGUUUGGUUCUGCUGCUGGUCAUCCUGGUCCUUAUCCGCUGUUGUUGCUGCUGCUGCUGUGAUGAUGAGAAGCCUCGACGUCAUAAGGUUGGCGUAGACAACAUGGCUCUGGAGCCCUGACAGCUGAGCUGCACUCCUCCCGUACUGUGAAGGCGGAUGAAUUCAUAUAUUUUCUAGCCAUAUUGUUUGAAUCUUGUGCCAAAGCUUUGAUUUUUCUGUCACCAGACUGGAAGCACAUUUUGUUCAUUUGCACACAGACAGAAUCAUUCACGAGUCCUUUGUUACCUAGCUAUGAAAAUCUAACACAUAUGAUCCCUUUACCUGUCACUGCUGUGCGGGAUGUGUUGCUAGGAAACCUCAGAGGAGCUGGAAACACUCAGCUGUCUGUGUUUUCAGGCCUCUGGAGAGUUCAGAGUCACUUCCUAUUGUUCUGUUUGUCUAAUGGAUAUUUGUUUCAACUUGAAGUUUUUGCUUUGUAAAAAAUAUAUAUAAGUCAUAAAAAAUAUCAGCUUUGCUCUCUGUUAUAAUUAUG